CGACGACGCACCCGAUGACGAAUUCGAGGACGACCCAUGGACGACUUCGAGGAUGACCCAUGGACGACCGUCGCCCCUUACAUGAACCGGCAUCUCGACGAAUGGAACGAAAAUGACUGGAAGGCGAUGGAGCGUUCCUGCCCAUGGGCAAGCCAUUACAAGUUUGCCAACAUGUUGGAGUUCGGGAGCCUCAUUGCACUGCCUGCUGGUGUCCUCCAUCGAAAGACCCUGGACGAUAAGGGUAAACCGGUCCGCUUCCGUACCAUCUUCAGACGUCGCCUCCACUGCGAGUAUAUCACAUCUUCGCCACGAACUUGGGGAAGUUCGCAGAAGCAAGAGUUGGUGGACUGCGGUCGUCAUUGUUCAUUCUUGGAACACUACCCACCCCGUUGCCCGGGGACUUCUCCACAAGCUCUGUCGUACUGUUGUGUGCGCUUGACGGAUGAUGGAUGUCCUUUCGCCAGAGUGCUUUGUGUGGCUUCUUCAAGCAAAAGCGGGAAACUUGUGGAUGCAGUCGUGCUUGUGUCACACAAUGAGAUGGUGCUUCGGGGAUCCAGGUUCAAGGCGGUCAUGUCUCGCCCCGAUGUAGAUGGGCGAUCAGAUUUGGUGAGAGCAGGUCAGGUCCCCUUCUCCGAUAUGGAUCUCACGGUGGAGUGCGAAACUCUGCUCUCAAAGAUCCACACCGUUCAUCCGUUUCGAGAUUGUGUUGCCAACAUUGCACCGUCCAGCGCCCACUACACGUACGGCGUGGGAGAGGGUCGGCCAUCUGUCAUGGAUGACGCACCUAGCAGUUGCAAGCCUGAUGAGGGCAGGUCAGCAGACCGGCCACCCACUUGGCCUGCGCGUGGGAACGCCACGCCGGUGUCACCGCAUGCCGGACAACAUGGUUUGUUGGGAGUAUCCCCUUACGGCAGCCCGAAUGACAUGCGAUCAACAAAGAGGCCUCAUGUUCAGUCUCUUUCGCCUGCGGUCGUCGUCACUCCCGGCGUUGCAGUUGUGCAUUCUUCGUUGCCGCCCUUGUUGUCGUCUCCAGCACGCCCGUCAUACACUCCGAUACACCCUUUGUCGGAUUUCGAUGCGUUGUGUUUUUCUAUGCUGUCACCGCCAUUGCAACCUCGCCGUUUGCAGUUUUUGUCAUUUGCAGCGCAGCCAUUUCCUCCUCCACUUGUCGUUGGACGCGACGGGUUGGACUUCAUCCCCCUCGAGGGGUGUUCUCAAUCAUCAGCAACGGUGUUUGGAAGUGGAGGGUCCACACUGCGUGACAGAUGUCGUCGGAGUGCAGAACCGCGGGUCUCACAUUCGUUCGCCGCAUCAAGUCAUGGGCAGGGGGGUGUAUUGGAUGACGUACGUCGUGCCUCUGUCGGGGACACACAUGACCGUAGUUCCGCCCGUCGCUCUCUCGUCUCCCGGUUCGACGGGGAUGACAUCGUGUGUGGUAGCGGAGAUGGGCCCGGACGUUGCCAUCCUACCGCUCAAAAUCUUGGUGCGGGCCCUUCUGAGCAGUCAGGCGAGUCCUUAGGGCAAUUCGGUUCGCAGUCAACUAGUUCCACGAAGUACUCUCGUUUGUUCCUGACUUCCGCUUGCAAGGAGAGACUGCGCCUUUUACAAUCUGCGAUGAAAGAAGUGAGCGAAAAGUCUGGGGUCAUGAGCAAUGUCAUCGACCGACUGUUGCAUUGGUCAUUGCCAGCCAUCCGGUUAGAGUUCGGGGACGGUGUGCCGUCGAGGAUCGAGAGAACACUACCAGCCGACAGUCGUGCUGAGGUGUUCCGUCUCGGAGCAGGUGGGGAUGAUUCGACAGCGGACGCUAAGGAUGAUGGCGAGCGUGAGGGCGCAGGGAGCGGUGGAGGCAAUGGCGGGUCAUUUUGUGGGUCGGAUGAUUCACUUCCGCAUUCUAGGCACGGGUCACAGCGUGGCCGCAGAUCGCGUGGGCGGCCACUAAGCCGUGGCAGGUCGCGUUCGCAUUUCAAUCAUGUACGGCCUUUGUACUGGGAUGAUUCGAAGGAUGGUGCUCUGCAGAGCGGACCUUGCCAUGAUCGGUCUGCAUAUGUGUUGGAAUCGACUGGGAAGGCUCGAAAGCGCCUGAUGUCGAGCCGACUUCAGCGGCAGUUGUUCCAUGCGACCGUCAGAACGGGUAUGACAUAUACCGUCCUCAACGACUUCUGCAUCGCGCUUGGGGUGGCGCCUGUGCACAAGCCCACUUUUUACAGUUGCAUGCGUGGUGAGCCGAAUUUGGAGCGCCUGGGUAUUGAAUGGCAGAAGGAUUGCCAUCAUAAGGUGAAAGACAUUCGCAAGGCAUUGAGAAAAUCCGUGACACUGAAGGUGCCAAAGAAAUCGAACAACCCUCAUAAGUGCGUCUCAGAAUCUCAGUUUAUGCAGUUCACGAAGAAGGAGCUGUUGGAUGCCUUGACGGACCGUUUUGGACCUGGGUGUUUGACGGCAAAAGAAGAACGAUUGAAGAAGAGCGACUUCGUCGCUGUUGUGAUUAGCAAAAUGUACCCGUACGACACGAUGACAAACAACCAAUCCUUGCUCAUGGAUGCAGAUGGUGUGACCGAGUUCCAUAUGCAUGAGGUGGGGCAUUGGUUUCUUCUUGCUUCCCAGCUUUGCAGAGAUGAGGGCGGCGACUUUGUCACUCUGCACAAUGAUAUCAUGAUGAUCUCCAACCAUUGGGCAGGGGACCACUUCAGGUGCGUUGCGGACAGAGAGCUUCUAUGCUCCAAGGCUGGUGGUCCAUCUCGGCUGCCUCUGUACACGCACGGCGACCCCGCGUGUGACAUCAUUCACCAGACAUUGGGAAGGCAUUGCAGCACGACCAUUUGUUCGUACUACACGGAGUUCCGACACACGUCGACGGUUGAGACCUUCCAGGGCACAAUCAUCAUUUACGUGAAGAAGGCCUUGCACUUCGAGAAGUCGUAUGAGCCUCGUUUGGCGAUUGCAGUCAUUCGAUGGAACAGUCAUGCAUGGCAGGAUCCCUUGGAGUAUCGUGUCCGCAGGCCUUCUGGGACUUCAAUUCGUCCAAGGCCGAGCCACUACCGUCACAAUCGGCCACCUACUGAUUCGUGGAUGGAUCGGCUGUCCACGUUCAUCUUCGGUUCGCAAGGCGUUUCUGAUUGGGCUCGACGCCUUCUCGAGUACGAUGAUUGUGACGUGUCGGGCGAGGUCGGGUCCUCAACACCUCCUCUGCCUCCCGUUUUUUUUUGCAGAGGUGAGGACACCAUUGGCCGUGACGGGGACGACGUUGAUUCUGGUGCGGAUCCCGACGUUGUGGGGGAUGACGGUGUUUUCAUCAUUGGUGACGAGGAUCAGUUGCCUAGACCGGCAAAUCCCAUGUCCGAUCGAUCGUGCGAUUCUCUAUCGGAUGCAGAUGAUGUCGAGUUGUUCGACGACUAACAUUGUGUUAUGUUGUAUUCUCUUGUACAUGUGACUUUUAUA